AUGCUGGUGACAUAUUUGGAAGCCAGCCGGGACCUUUGCGAGACGGACUCAAUUCUUUUUGGCGCCGCACUGGCAGUAUGCCGUAUUAUUGGCGCCAAACUUCCCAUGGCUGGACGUGCUACUCAACAAGGUAGUGCCAUCCCAGCCUGGAGAAAAAGAAUCGAGGACCGUAUCGCAAAGGCAAGGGCCCUUAUCGGCAGACUGAUAAGCUUCAGGUCGGGUAAUAUUAGACCGAGAGUUGUGCGCACCGUUAGAAUGGCGUUUGCUGGGACAAAUAUUAGUUUGUCCCAGCCGGAUAUCACGCAGAAACUAACGGAGCGCAUAGAUGACCUGAAGCAAAAAAUCGCUGCUUGGGGGGAAGCGGAUUCGACGAUUUAG